UAGAUCGGACGAUAGAGAGGGAAGGUCCUUGAGAAAUGGGUUAGAUGUAGACCGUAGGAUCAACCCCUCAGGCUAGCUGCUAGGGCACUUUAUGAGUGGGGGAACAAAUGUCAGGUCUGGCUUCAUACUAGGACUCUGAAAUGCCUGGACAGAGGUGAUAGUAGUGUUGUCUUUAGACUCGUUUGAAGCUUGGCAGUUGACAUAAGUAUUUUGUGGUAUUGUUUUGGACAAGAAAUCUUCUUCUGCAUUGUAGCGUUAUAAAUCUCGAAGUAUUGGGGGAGUAGGAGAAAUAUUUAAGUUUGAUUCGGCCUGUUUUGGAAAGGAAUCUGUUGUGUUUCUUUUCCUUUUUGGGUGUUGGUCUCUGUUUAGAUUUGAGACUGCUGCGUUUCGAAAUUCAAAGGACUGGAAGAGGCAAGCUUGUUUGUUGGGUCUUUGAAGAUUUUGUGAAAAUGCCUCCUUUGGGUUUUUCAAUCCGACGGCAAUCCGUGGUAAUGGAGUUUGAGGGUCACAUAACGCCUUAUGUUAUCAUCACAUGUAUCUUGGCUGCAAGUGGUGGGUUGAUGUUUGGCUAUGACAUUGGAAUUUCUGGGGGGGUUACGUCGAUGGAUACCUUUCUGGAGAAAUUUUUUCCAGUUGUGUAUCUCAGAAAGAAAGAACCCCACCACGAAAAUGCAUACUGCAAAUACGACAAUGAAAGCCUUCAGCUGUUCACUUCGUCUCUCUAUAUGGCGGGUAUUGUAGCGACUUUAUUUGCGUCGUAUACAACCAAAACUUACGGUCGGAGACCUACCAUGAUUAUUGCCGGCUUAUUUUUCAUUGGGGGGGUGGUGUUGAACGCAGCAGCUGUUAAUCUUUUAAUGCUUAUUCUCGGAAGAAUUUUGCUCGGUUGUGGGGUCGGAUUUGCUACUCAGGCAGGUCCUCUUUUCCUGUCGGAGAUCGCACCAACCAGGAUUAGAGGCGCUUUAAACAUUCUCUUCCAGCUAAACACAACUUUAGGGAUUCUAUUUGCCAAUGUGGUAAAUUACGGAGCAGAAAAAAUCAAGCCCUGGGGGUGGAGACUUUCGCUGGGUCUAGCAGGAAUUCCUGCAGUCCUUCUCACUGUAGGCUCCUUAUUUAUAGUGGAAACACCCAACAGCCUGGUUGAAAGAGGAUACCUGCAAGAGGGCAAGGCCGUUCUGAGAAAAAUUAGAGGAACCAAUAAUGUAGAUGCAGAGUUCAACGAACUAGUGGAGGCCAGUCGAAUGGCACAGCAAGUUAAGCAUCCAUUCAGAAACUUGCUGGAGCGGAGAAACAGGCCUCAAAUUUUCAUAACAAUCUGCCUGCAAAUCUUUCAACAGUUCACUGGUAUCAACGCCAUUAUGUUUUAUGCGCCCUUGCUCUUUCAGACAUUAGGAUUCAAGAAUGAUGCUUCGCUCUACUCUGCAGUUAUUACUGGUGCAGUAAAUGUUAUUGCUACUAUAAUUUCAAUAUUCUCAGUUGAUAGAGUUGGGCGCAGAAUGCUUCUUAUUGAGGCCGGGGUGCAGAUGUUCAUAACACAGGUGGUAAUUGGAGUUCUGUUGGGAGCAGGCAUGAAACAGGACCAAAAACUUACUCGUGGCACAGCUAUUGUGAUAGUGCUUAUGGUGUGCACAUUUGUUUCAGCCUUUUCAUGGUCAUGGGGGCCUCUUGGAUGGCUGAUUUCUAGUGAAAUAUUUCCAUUGGAAACUAGAUCCGCUGGGCAGAGUCUCACUGUGUGUGUUAACUUUGCCUUCACUUUUGUUAUUGCACAGGCAUUCUUGUCCAUGCUUUGCCGUUUCAAAUACGGGAUUUUCUUUUUCUUUGCUGCUUGGGUUUUAAUCAUGACCAUAUUUGUACUGUUUCUUCUUCCUGAGACGAAGAAUGUUCCACUUGAGGAAAUGACAGAGAAAGUAUGGAAACAGCAUUGGCUAUGGAAGAAGUAUGUGAGAGACGUCGAUUUAAGUGAUGAUGAAGCGGGAGAUGCCUAAUCCAAACAAGAAAACGGGAGUAGCAAUGCUAACUACUAGUAAAGAUUUACAGAUAUAAACGAAAGAAGAUUUCAUUGGCAUAUCAGCCCACAUUUUGGAGAUGAAUAAAUUAUAUGAGUGCCUGGUAAGUAGCCCAUCAUAAUGUAAAAUGAGUCUGCUUAGGUCGUUAUUGUAGUUGUGAUCUGCUGAUUGGUAUUUGUCGUUGGUUAUUCUCGAGCUCAAUUUUGGGAUCUAAAAGAUUGUCUAAUUUUGUAGAUGUCUUUUCUUUACAUUAUAAAAUAUAUGAUGCAGUUCUUCAA